AAGUGGCGUCAGAGGAAGACGUCUGUAUAUGCGGAAGUGUCCGUCUCCCUGUGUUUUCUGUGAUGUGGUGUGUGUGAUAGCAAAGUAAUUCAUUUGAUUGUGAUGUCGGUGCUCCACAUGGAUAAAUUAAGUCGUAUUUAUGAGCGUUAUGAGGAGUAUGUGAAGUCGAACCCGGCAGCCGCGUCUCAUUUGGAGAGCGCAGUGCGAGCGCUGAGUUACCUGAUCGCAGGUCGCUUCUCAGACUCUCAUGAAAUCUCGGAGUUGGUCUACUCAGCAUCUAACCUUCUAGUGCUGCUGAACGAUGGUAUCCUGAGGAAGAAUCUCUCUCGGACAUUGCCUGUGUGUCUAUCUCAACAGAGGCUGUUAACCUGGCUGUCUGUACUGGAGUAUGUGGAGGUUUUCACUGAGAUGGGGGCUGCAAAGCUGUGGGGACAAGCUGGACGUUGGCUAGUUAUUGUUCUUAUUCAGAUUGCCAAAGCGAUCCUGCGUUGUCUCCUGCUUUUCUGGUACAAAUCAGGCAUCCAGACGUCACCACCUAUAAUUCCACUGGAUAGAGAUUCUCAGCUCGGCAGUCAAGAGAACAAUGGAGAAGAAGAUGAGGAGGACACUUCUUUCGUAGGCCAGCGUUCAGGAAGAGUGGUGAGACCACUGGGAAGUGCACCAUCAUUGCAGUCUCGCCUUUGGGGUCUCCCUCGGAAAAACAAAAGUAGGAAUCGAGAAGAGGAGCUUCACUCGAGCCCCACGCCUCUCGGUCUGCAGGAAACCAUUGCAGAGUCCCUGUACAUCGCAAGACCGCUUGUUCAUUUGGCCAGUCUUGGGAUUUGCGGAAAACGUUCCUGGAAACCCUGGAUCAUCUCUGGUCUCUUAGAGAUAACCAGUUUCAGUCUGUUGAGCGACAUCAAGACGCUGAACCGCAGAGAAAGGGCUGAGAUGAGGAGACGGGCCUUCCUGCUCUGCUACUACCUGCUCCGCUCUCCCUUCUAUGACCGAUACUCUGAGACGAAGAUCCUCUUCCUCCUUCGCUUCUUGGCAGAUUAUGUUCCUGGAGUCGGUUUGGUUGCACGUCCACUGAUGGAGUACUUGCCCAUUUGGCAGAAGAUCUACUUUUAUAACUGGGGCUGACGUCAAAGUGAAUCUUUCACAGGUCAGCACCGCCAAGAUUUUAGCAGAAUGAAAGGAAACCAUUUAGAGGAUGCGACAGCAACACACGAGGACUCAAAUCACACCUGUGCCAGAACAUUAUCACAUUUAUUGACAAGAUUUGCAGUCAGGCAGUUACAGGUACACUGCUGCCUUAUGAUUUUCAGAAUGCGGUUUUUCGUUCUAUUUUAGCUUUGCAAUUUUAUGCAUCUGAGCCUUUUUCUGACACAUUUUUUGCACUUAGAAGCAUCUGUUAUCAAAUGACUUUUGGCCAAACUUCAAGCUCUCCUAUCCCAUAAUCUGUAUCUCAACACGAAUGCCUUCCUUUUAAUUUAGAUGUUUAUUUCCGAGGAGAAUAGUUUUAUUGAACACAAUAAUUGACUAGCUGAAAUGAAGUCAAUUAGACAGAUGUUUGGGUUUUUAUUUGUUCUGUUUUGUCAAGUUUUGUGCCACGACUGAGAUGAAGUUGAAUGUGAUACUUUUAAUUGUAGCUACAAUUGCUCAUUAAACAGAAUGAUGCAUCAAAUAUAAAGGUCCCUCAUCGUUUCACAGGACUCCAAUGAGACUUUUGUACUUAAACGAGCAUUAUGAGCCUGUUUUUUCACUGUGUGAAAUAAACUCUUUCGAGUUUUAAAACCCUUUGUUAUUUUGAUUGAAAGACCUGAAGCAGAAAUGAAAAGCAUGACUGUAUUGAAAUGCUGAAAUUGGAUAAUUGGUUUUGUAUAUACCUCUAUGCAUUUAAUAAAUCUUUAAAUAAUAAGA